CAACCAGAACACUGAGGCGUCGCAACAGAAAAAGUACGCAGGAUGGGCGAGCGGGCGGACACUGCGUUUCAAACCACUGGAUCCAAGUGGCUGCUGCCUGUCAGUCAAUACUUGGGCUUCCCUCUUGAUCAGGUGAAUUUUAUGGUUUGCCAGCUGUUUGCCCUGGCUGCUGCCUUUUGGUUCCGUCUCUACCUCAGUCCUAACCACGCCAAUCCCCUGGUCAGGCACGCUGUGGCCACUCUCCUUGGCAUUGCCUUUCUCAUCUUCUGCUUUGGAUGGUACUCCGCUCACAUCCUGACAGUGGUGGCUGCAAGCUACUUGAUCAUCAUCAAAGCUGACAUCAACAGUGUACACAGGUAUUCCAUGGUGACGGCUAUGGGCUAUUUGACGGUGUGCCAAGUGAGCAGAGUUUUCAUCUAUAACUAUGGGAUUCUGUCCACUGACUUCUCUGGGCCUCUGAUGAUAGUAACCCAGAAGAUAACCACACUGGCUUUCCAGCUGCAUGACGGUAUGUGUAAGAAAUCUGACCAACUGACCUCGGAGCAGAAGCCUCUGGCUAUACAUGUGAGGCCUUCUCUCAUCGAGUACCUGAGUUACAAUCUGAACUUCUUGAGCAUCUUGGUGGGACCAUGCAGUAACUAUAACGACUACAAAGACUUCAUAGAGGGCAGACACAUCAGCAGGAGGCUGAAGCAGCACUCUGGGACGUGUAAUGGGCAGAACGGCUAUGAUAAGAUACAGGAACCAUCACCUCUGAAUACUGUCUGCCGAAAAUUGGUGGUCUGCAGUGGAUGUAUGCUGUUCUUCCUCACUGUGACUCGGUCCUUGCCGAUAACUUACAACGUAGACCCUUACUUUGUCAGCAGUGCCCCGUUCCUCACAAGGCUCACCUACGCUUUCUUCUCGAUACAAGCAGCAAGGCCCAAAUUUUACUUUGCCUGGACGCUAGCUGAUGCAGUCAACAAUGCAGCAGGUUAUGGUUUCUUGGGGAUGGAUGAAAAUGGAAAGCCAUCUUGGGACCUCAUCUCUAACCUCAACAUCUUGGGGAUUGAGACUGCAACCAGCUUCAAGACAUUCAUAGACAACUGGAAUAUUCAAACAGGAGUUUGGCUCAAAACCGUGUGCUAUGACCGAGCCCCUAAGCACAGGUUGGGGUUGACCUUUAUCCUGUCUGCCCUGUGGCACGGUGUUUAUCCGGGGUACUAUUUCACCUUCAUCACUGCCAUCCCCAUCACCAUGGCAGCACGAGCUGUACGGAAGUCUGUUCGCCACCACUUACUGGGCUCCAGAGGCUUAAAACUGGGUUAUGACAUUUUAACUUGGGCAGCCACACAGCUGGCCAUCUGCUACACUGUCAUGCCUUUUCUACUUCUUGCUGUAGAGCCCACUUUGAUUUAUUACAGGUCCAUGUACUUCCACGUUCACAUCAUCAGCAUUCUGGCUGCGAUCGUCCUGUGUUGGAAACAAAAACCCAGUGAACCCUCUGCCACCACCAAAACGUUUUCUUCCUCGGCUCCGUGCUCAGCUCAGUGCCAGCCUGUUCACUCCAACAACAAUGACAAAGUGGACUAAAAAAUCCCCUCUUCAUGUUCAUUCACAAGACUCUAAGUCGAGGGUGUUCUCUCAAAGACAAGUGAAUAUCCCUGAAGGGCAUUCAGCCAACUUACAAUGGGAAAGCAUUAUUUAUUUUUUAGGACAAUACAGAGUUAGGAAAAAACGUUGACGGUACAAUACAACGCAGGGCUUGAACCUAUGGCACUGGAUGCACAUAGGGGAGAGCUUUUCUGUCAUAUUUUAAGAUUUACAAGAUCUGAACUCGAUUCUGAUUCACACAUCAAACCCAAGUACAGCAGGCAAAGUGGAAAGAGAAACAUUAGCUGCAGGAGCGUCUCUGGUACCACCACCGUCGGGACGCUGGCCUCCUUCCACUUCCCCCUCCACCUGCUCCCGCUCUCCUCCGAUCCCUCCUCCUUCAUGCCCAUCUCAACACCAGCCUGCCCACUCCAACAACAAUGCAACAGUGUGAAGAGAGAACGGAGCCUCACUUUCUUUCCUGUCCUCUAUCUGUGCUGUCCUGCCGAUUGGUGGGAUGGAAGCCAGCACAGUGGGAGAGCAGCUCAUAAACAGGGCACAAAUACCAGGACACACACACACAACUAACUCAUGCAUAAUUUGACAAACACUAGGACACAAAUAUGCACAUACUCUUAGACACGCUCGGACUUGGUCACACUCUGAUGGCGUACAAAGGAUGCUCUUGUGUGGCCGCAACAAAAGGGCAUACCAAGAGGAGAGAGAGCCCUCGUUUAUGUGUGUGUGUGUGUGUGUGUGUGUGUGACAUCCUACCAACCUCUGUCACUGAGCCUGUGCGUGUGUGUGUGUGUGUGUGUGUGUGGACGUUGUCGUGGAAAACUAUGGACUGUGUUGGUUUGGGUGGGACCACACUUGAAAUACCAAUUAGAUCAUGCAGCUCUCAAACUGUCAAGUGAAACUAAUGAAGUCUUUGAAGGCAGGAUGGCAGCUCCUCCAGGUGAGGAGACUUCAACAUCCUAGAAUAUGUAAACUCUUUGUUUUAGUUUCUAUGGAUAAUCCUGGGUUUUAGUGAUAAGAGGUAAAGCUAACAAAAGGUGCGGUUUGACAACAGCAAGUUUCUGCUCAUGUUGUUUUACAUUGCACAAUUUAACAAGUGAUGAAAUGGUGUAAUACGACCACAUUUUGAUGUUGAAAUCAAAAGCUUACAAUUUUCAAUGUCUUAAUGAGUAAGUCCACCUUUUUCUGAAGCAGUAAGUAAUUUAAUAGUGACAUAGUUAUUGAUGUGUUAGUACUUUACCAUGUGAAUGGGGCUGGAUACCUGAUAUCACAAUGUAGAGUAUUUGAAAACAAAGCUGUGCUCAAACUGAGAGGAAAUGCACUUGGAAGUUUCUUUUUUUGGGACUCAAAAUUGCACACUCAAAAUAUAGAAAAUGGGACCAAAAUAGGAAUUUGUAAUCAAAUGUAUUUCCUCUCAGUAGGGGCAAUGGUGCUGUGUUCUUUCUUUGUGACAAAGGACACAUUUGAAAACUGUACAUUUACCGGAGCUUAUCAGCAGCUGCAGGUUGAUUUAACAGAGACAUCUGCUGGUUGUUUGUACUGUCUGAACUCUGCUGAAUUAAGCAAUGAAGGUAAGCCCAUAUGGACUGACUGAAACUGCCACAUUGCAGCAUCUCCCAAUGCAACUUCAUACCAACUGUGAGCAGAAGGCAUUUUUUCCUCACUGAUAUUAUAAUUUCUCACAACAAUUAACAAUUUGAUCUCAUCUCAAGCUUUUACUUUUGCACAAUCGGAAGCUGAUGGAUCAGUAGGUGAACUAAGCACGGUGACAACAAAAAUAUACAUGCACGUUUUUAAUUUAUCUAUUACUAAUCUGUUGGGUUUUUUCCAUUAUCACUCAUGAAAGGUUUGGGAGCGGUGGGAGUUUUUAAAGUGGCAUCAUGGCUUGGUUAAUAAUCAUGCUUCCUAGCAUGCUAGCUUUUAGCUACAUGUAUGGGUUGUUGUGAUAAGGUGAGCUAACAAUGCUAACAAGUUGCAAUGCAAGAAUAUUGUUUUGAUUAAAUGCCUGGUGAGGAAUAUAAUAUUACACUUGAAGUUGCCAAGCUGUCCCUUUAAAUGCAUCAUAUGGGCUGCCUUUGUUUGAGUAUAGCAUGUUAACAGCAUUUUGUCUGUUUAAUCACAUUGGAGACACAAUCUUAAUGCAUUUUAUUACCUGCUUUGGAAUUUAACCUCAACCUUUUGUAAUAAUAUGAAUUUUGAAUUUGCCUGUUUUGGCUCAGUUUACAGAUUGACUCAAUACUCUGAUUGUUAAUAUGUAAAGCCUCAGUAGAGCAUGUUUAUACAAAAAGAGAUUAAAAAUAAAAAAAAGUGUUGUCACAAGGGGAAUAGUAGCAUGCGUUUAAUUAACAUUAUUAUCUAAAUUAUAAGUAAAUACCGCAGGGUAAUUGUUCAAGAUUUUAAUGGGGUAACUUGCAAAUUUAACUGUUAUUAGUCUACCCUGGCUUAUUACAGUGAAUCUCUUAUUAAUUAUAUUAUUUUUGAGUCAUUUUGGAGCAAAGAUGGCAUCAUUUAAUUUUAGUUGACAAUUUUAAUGUUUGACUGCACAUUAGUACCUCUCUUGGAGUUAAUGAAGUGUGAGUAAUGACCGCUCUGGGGACCUGUAGACUUUGCCAGAGGCCUGCAGUUAUGGACAUUUAGAGCUGAAGAAAAAAAAAACCUAAAUGCUGAUGGUAGUACAGUUACCUAAACUUCUGACGCAGUGUGUGUGUGUGUGUGCUGACAGGUUUGAACACUCUUCCCAAGUAUGGCUUUGCUAUAACAUAUUAUUGUUUUUGUGAAGCAAAGCCUUAACUGAUAUAGCUGUAACCUUUAAAUGUGUUGUUGUCAGUAAUAUGUCCAUGGCACUGUGUAGUUUGCAUGUUUGUAAUGUGUUUUUAGUGCAGGGAAAUGAGCGAUGAAUGGCACAUAUACAGUAUGACUGCAUUGUCAGAAUGAGCAGCUAUUUGAAUGACUUAAUACUGAGUAUGAAGAUAUUUUUUCUAUGUGUUCUUGCAGAUGUGUGCAUGGUCAAAUAUACUGACUGUGAGAUUGUGUGUUGCUCCAUUUUAGUAUUGUUUGUAUGGAGGAAAGAGUGAGUGCUACAGAAAAAUAUGAGUAACUAAUAAAGCUUCAGUGAAAAACA